ACAGCACUCGGCCAUUUCUAGUCUCUGAGGCAUCUACUCCUACAUUUGAAGAUGGAUCUGAAAGUGGCCGUAAUGCUACUGGGGAUGGUAGCACUUGUGGCUGGCUCCGCUGAUCGUCGGAGAGCAGGGAGUGGUCGUGGUGGAGGUGGUUUUGGAGGCGGAGGUGGAGGAGGAGGAGGUUUGGGAGGUGGAGGAGGACUAGGAGGGGGCGGAGGAGGAGGUUUGGGAGGUGGAGGAGGACUAGGAGGGGGCGGAGGAGGAGGUUUGGGAGGUGGCGGAGGUCUCGGAGGAGGAGGACUAGGAGGAGGUCUCGGAGGAGGAGGAGGACUUGGCGGAGGUCUCGGAGGAGGAGGAGGACUAGGCGGAGGUCUCGGAGGAGGAGGAGGACUAGGCGGAGGUCUCGGAGGAGGAGGAGGACUAGGCGGAGGUCUUGGUGGGGGUAGCGGAGGUGGUUUUGGAGGUGGCGGUGGCGUUGGAGGAGGCAGAGGAGGUUACGGACGCUGACAGCCAUCGGCGAUGGAGUAAGUAAAACCUCCUCAGAGUUCAAGAUCAAUAAAGGACAAAAUUUUUAA